UCUCUCGCUCCCUCUUAUCUAUCUGCCCCUUACAGUCUAUGAUCAGGCCACUUUGGUGCUUGUUUAUUCCCAGGAUCCUCCCUUAUUCCGUCGUGACAGCGUUUCUGGAUAUUUUUAUUCAAUCCAUGGGAUAUUGGACAGCAUGUAUUUCGUCUUUCUCCCUCGUUGAUGAAUCAUUUGUUUGAAAACAUUGCUCGCGAUCCUCCGCUGCUGAUGAUGGAGAGGCGGUGCGUGUCAGAGUGGGGCGGCUAGAGGCCCAGCAAAGCCCCGCGCUGGAUUUACACCCCUGAGCGAGCGACUGAACACUGUAGUGGAUUACCUCACGACAGCUCUCCGGUACAUACCCAUAUUAGCUGUACGCAUAAACGUGAAGAAGAGGUUGGAGGUUUUUUUUCCCCGCUGUUAAAGAUUGUGAGGACUACACACCAUGCCUCCAAGACCCUCCUCUGGGGAACUAUGGGGCAUCCAUUUGAUGCCCCCCAGGAUUCUGGUAGACUGUCUACUGCCCAAUGGCAUGAUCUUGACACUAGAGUGCCUCCGGGAGGCCACCCUCAUCACAAUCAAACAUGAACUGUUUAAGGAGGCAAGGAAGUACCCCCUCCACCACCUGCUGCAGGAGGAGACAUCCUAUAUUUUCGUCAGUGUAACGCAAGAGGCGGAGCGUGAGGAGUUCUACGAUGAGACGAGAAGACUUUGCGACCUUCGGCUGUUCCAGCCCUUCCUAAAGGUCAUAGAACCUGUAGGGAACAGAGAGGAAAAAAUCCUCAACAGAGAAAUCGGUUUUGCCAUCGGCAUGCCGGUGUGCGAGUUUGAUCUCGUGAAGGAUCCUGAGGUGCAGGACUUUAGGAGAAAUAUUCUUAAUGUCUGCAAAGACUCAGUAGAGCUGCGAGAUGCCAGUGGGUCACACAGUCGGGCGCUAUAUGUUUAUCCUCCUAACGUGGAGUCUUCAUCAGAGCUUCCGAAGCAUAUAUAUGGCAAAUUAGACAAAGGUCAAAUCAUUGUGGUCAUCUGGGUGAUCGUCUCUCCCAACAACGACAAGCAAAAGUACACGCUAAAGAUCAAUCACGAUUGCGUACCUGAGCAUGUGAUCGCUGAAGCCAUCAGGAAGAAGACCAGGAGCAUGCUGCUGUCCGCCGAGCAGCUAAAGAUGUGCGUGCAAGAAUAUCAGGGCAAAUACAUCCUGAAAGUCUGCGGCUGUGAUGAGUAUCUGUUGGAAAAGUACCCCAUUAGUCAGUACAAGUAUGUACGGAGUUGCAUUAUGCUGAGUCGGCUGCCAAACCUCAUGCUUAUGUCCAAGGACAGUCUUUACUCUCAGCUGCCUAUGGACAACUUCACCAUGCCCUCCUACGCCCGCCGCAUCUAAACAAAUGAGCUUUACAUUUAUUGUUAUUAUUAUUAUUAUUUAAUAUGGACCAUUAACAGCACUCUAAGGAUACGUGUCCUUUGUGCCACAUACGUUAAUGUGAAUAUUCGGGACAUUGACAAGAUUUAUGUGCGGACCGGGAUCUACCAUGGUGGAGAACAGUUGUGUGAUAAUGUCAAUACACAGCGUGUGCCGUGUUCAAACCCAAGGUGGAACGAGUGGCUGACCUAUGACAUGUACAUUCCCGACAUCCCCCGGGCAGCUCGCCUCUGUCUCUCCAUCUGCUCUGUGAAAGGAAGGAAGGGGGCAAAAGAGGAGCACUGUCCACUGGCCUGGGGAAACGUCAACUUGUUUGACUACACACACACUCUGGUCUCAGGAAAGAUGGCACUGAACCUGUGGCCAGUGCCACACGGCCUUGAAGACCUCCUCAACGCUAUUGGGGUCACAGGCUCCAACCCUAAUAAGGAAACACCAUGUCUAGAACUGGAGUUUGACUAUUUCAGCUCCCCUGUUAAGUUCCCUGACAUGGCCACGAUCGAGGAUCAUGCUAACUGGAUAAUAUCCAGGGAGAUGGGAUACAAUUACUGCCAGUCUGGACAGAGCAGCAGACUCGCGCGAGACCACGCCAUGACGGAGGCUGAUAUAGAGCAACUUCGUCAGCUGAGCAACAGGGACCCGCUUUCUGAGAUCACUGAGCAGGAAAAAGACUUCUUAUGGAGACACAGGCAGUAUUGUGUAAAUAUUCCAGAAAUCCUGCCCAAGAUUCUUCUGGCGGUGAAGUGGAAUUCCAGGGAUGAAGUUGCACAGAUGUAUUGCCUUCUUAAAGACUGGCCCGCAAUAAAGCCGGAACAAGCCAUGGAGUUGCUUGACUGUAACUAUCCUGAUCCAAUGAUCCGAGACUUCGCAGUUCGGUGCCUUGAGAAGUAUCUGACUGAUGACAAACUCUCGCAGUACCUCAUUCAGUUGGUUCAGGUUUUGAAGUAUGAGCAGUAUCUUGAUAACACAUUGGUGCGAUUUCUGCUGAAAAAAGCUCUUACCAACCAGAGGAUUGGGCACUUCUUCUUUUGGCAUUUGAAGUCAGAAAUGCACAAUAAAACCGUGAGUCAGCGGUUUGGUCUGCUGCUGGAGUCGUACUGUCGGGCAUGUGGCAUGUACCUGAAGCACCUGAGCAGACAGGUGGAAGCCAUGGAGAAGCUCAUCAACCUCACAGACAUUCUCAAACAGGAGAAGAAGGAUGAAACUCAGAAGGUGCAAAUGAAGUUCCUUGUGGAGCAGAUGAGGCGACCAGACUACAUGGAUGCCCUCCAAAAUUUCACCUCUCCACUCAACCCUGCCCACCAGCUGGGUAAUCUACGACUUGAAGACUGCAGAAUCAUGUCCUCUGCCAAGAGACCGCUCUGGCUGAACUGGGAAAAUCCUGACAUCAUGUCCGAACUUCUCUUCCAAAACAAUGAGAUCAUCUUCAAGAAUGGGGAUGACCUGCGGCAAGACAUGCUGACACUACAGAUCAUCAGAAUAAUGGAGAACAUUUGGCAAAACCAGGGGCUGGACCUGAGAAUGCUUCCCUAUGGCUGCUUGUCUAUUGGAGACUGCGUGGGUCUCAUUGAGGUGGUGAGAAGUUCCCACACCAUCAUGCAGAUUCAGUGUAAAGGAGGUCUAAAAGGUGCGCUUCAGUUUAACAGUACAACGUUGCAUCAGUGGCUAAAGGACAAGAAUCGGGGCGAGAUGUACGACAUGGCCAUCGACUUGUUUACGCGAUCCUGCGCUGGCUAUUGUGUGGCUACUUUCAUUCUGGGCAUCGGUGACAGACACAACAGUAACAUCAUGGUGAAGGAUGAUGGGCAGCUGUUUCAUAUAGAUUUUGGUCACUUUUUGGACCACAAGAAGAAGAAGUUUGGCUACAAGCGAGAGCGAGUGCCGUUUGUCUUAACUCAAGACUUCUUAAUUGUGAUCAGCAAAGGAGGAACCCAAGAGUGCACUAAAACCAGAGAGUUUGAGAGGUUCCAGGAGAUGUGCUAUAAGGCUUACUUGGCUAUCAGACAGCAUGCCAACCUUUUCAUAAAUCUCUUCUCCAUGAUGCUGGGCUCAGGCAUGCCAGAGCUGCAGUCCUUCGAUGACAUCGCUUACAUCCGAAAGACCCUGGCGCUGGACAAAACAGAGCAAGAGGCCCUAGACUAUUUCAUGAAGCAGAUGAAUGACGCUCACCAUGGUGGAUGGACCACCAAGAUGGACUGGAUCUUUCACACCAUCCGACACCAUGCCCAAAACUGAGCCGACACAGAUCCCAGUCACUGGUGGAAUUUGGGGCUGGAUAACAGGCAGAAACAAAACCCUUUUUGUAGGAAGCACUGCCUGUUUUAUGCCAUGAAGAAUCAUAGCACCCAAACCUCAUGUACAAUUGACCUUCAGAGCACUAAAACAACCUUCUUGUUUAUUGUUUUCCUCCUCAUAUGAGGCAUCUCUUGCCCAUCAUUGUCCAGAGUGGUUGUACAUUAUAGCUGAGGUUUUGUCCUACAGUUAGUUUUUUUCUCUCCCCAUUGUGCUGCUCUUCUCCUGGAGAGUCGAUUCUUCUUCUUCAUCUUAUUACUUAUUACAAUUUUUCUGCGGAAAACAAACCUUCAAAGACAAAAAAAAAAAAAGUUCUGCACUCUUCAGGAGCUUUUGUGGGGAUGUUCAUGUCUUCCUGUUUAAAACUACAAAUGCCUUCUAAUAUGCAUGGAACCUCUGAGAACACUAGAAAAACAGGGUAUGAAACUUUCUGGUCUGCUACCUGGCCUUUCCUCUCAAAACCAACACUAAACCCCCCGAAAGGCAGCCGAGGCGUAGCAGGACGAAUCUGAUGGUGCUGAUUUUUCAAAUUGCGCUCCUGUUCUUUGAGUUCAGUUGGCCACACAGGUCUUUAUAAUAGACAGAUGAUAAGGUUUCGUUCUCUUUUCUUCCUUAUAUGCACAUUGAGCUAAAAUGAUAGCCUGAAUACCUUAUUAUGCACUGGAUGUGAAUAUUUUUAUUUCCUUUUUAUUAUGAACUCAAAUUUUGGCCUCAAAGUAGCACUACAUGAGUCUUGUACUCCUUAUACAGACUUUUCAGAGACAUGGUUUGUGUUCUCAAUAUGUACGUUACUCACUACACAAUAACAGUGCAGAUCCUCCAUGAUAGAAAGAAAUAUUCAUUUUAGGACUACAAGGUUUUUUUUUUAUUUUUUUUAUGGCUAGUACUGAUGGUGAUAUAUAAGCAGAUGAGUGCUGAUUAAGUAUUUCCCUUAUUUUACACAAUAUUUACUCAGAAUAUUCAUUUUUGACAAGGCUGUCAGCCAAUACAGAUGGGUUAAAAAUAGUCACUUAUUGGCAAAUUAAUCAGCCUGGCUGACAUAUAUCGGUUUAUCUCUAAUCAGGACAAAUAUUUUAUUUUUAUUCCUUACAGAUCAAUGAUGUUUUUCCAGUUCCAGUGUGUGAAACAUCACGGGAAUCCAGGUUAUUGGCUCUCUGUGUUUUCUUGGUUGUCCGGUGUGAUUGAGCAGCGCAGAAUAACGAUUGUUCUACCAGAUGCCCUGGCAGCGUGCAGAUAUGAAGCCUUAAUACGCUUGCUUAGUAUGAAUGGAUAUUCUUCUCAAUGUGCCCUCGCAUGCCACAGGAAAGCACACACUUGCCGUUGCUUUGACGCUGGGUAGUUAGGAAAGAACAAAACCGCUUUUUCUCCCCUUCCGUUGAGUCUGGGUACUUUAUUUUACUACACUAAAGCUGGCAAAACCUUUCCUGUUAGCCUGACUUUUUUUUUUUUUUU